ACCUGCAGGCGGCCGCUUGGCUCCGUCAGCGCGUGGCUAACUGUUAGCUCCACGGCAGACACGUCCACAGUCCGGACACAUGCUGAAGUUCAGCUGGAAGAAAUGCCAACGAGGAACUUCAUCACCUUCCCCACAUAACUGACCCAAACUCCUGGCCCAGCCAUGUUCGGCACAGAGUCCUCAUUAAGCAUGUUUCUCAACACCUUGACGCCCAAGUUCUACGUGGCUCUAACAGGCACCUCGUCCCUCAUAUCAGGACUAAUAUUGAUCUUUGAGUGGUGGUAUUUCAGGAAGUAUGGGACCUCGUUCAUAGAGCAGGUUUCUGUGAGCCACCUGCGCCCCCUGCUGGGGGGAGUGGACAGCAGCUCCCCCACCAACCCCAACACAAGCAACGGCGAGGCCGACUCCAACCGGCAAAGUGUGUCCGAAUGUAAAGUUUGGAGAAAUCCACUGAACCUUUUCCGUGGAGCAGAAUACAAUCGGUAUACAUGGGUGACUGGAAGGGAGCCGCUAACGUACUACGACAUGAACUUAUCAGCACAAGACCACCAGACCUUCUUCACAUGCGACUCGGACCACUUGCGGCCGGCAGACGCCAUCAUGCAGAAGGCCUGGAGGGAAAGGAACCCGCAGGCUCGCAUCUCUGCAGCGCACGAAGCUCUGGAGCUGGAAGACUGUGCAACCGCGUACAUCCUUCUGGCAGAGGAAGAGGCCACCACCAUCAUGGAGGCCGAGCGGCUCUUUAAACAGGCGCUAAAAGCAGGGGAAGGCUGCUAUCGGCGCAGCCAGCAGCUGCAGCACCACGGCACACAGUAUGAGGCCCAGCACAGAAGAGACACCAACGUGUUGGUGUAUAUCAAAAGAAGACUGGCCAUGUGCUCCAGAAAACUUGGCCGGACACGAGAAGCAGUAAAAAUGAUGAGAGAUUUGUGUGUUUUCCAGUUAAUGAAGGAGUUCCCUCUCCUUAGUAUGUUCAACAUCCAUGAGAACCUGCUGGAGUCGCUGCUGGAGCUCCAGAACUACGCCGACGUCCAGGCUGUUCUGGCCAAGUAUGACGAUAUCAGCUUACCCAAAUCUGCAACAAUAUGUUACACAGCAGCUCUGCUCAAAGCCAGGGCCGUGUCAGACAAGUUCUCACCAGAAGCGGCGUCCAGGAGGGGGCUGAGCACAGCAGAAAUGAACGCAGUCGAAGCCAUCCACAGGGCGGUGGAGUUCAACCCGCACGUUCCCAAAUACCUGCUGGAGAUGAAGAGCUUGAUUCUUCCUCCAGAACACAUCCUGAAAAGAGGCGACAGCGAAGCCAUCGCCUACGCCUUCUUCCACCUGCAGCACUGGAAAAGGGUGGAGGGGGCGCUCAACUUGCUCCACUGCACCUGGGAGGGCACUUUCAGGAUGAUUCCAUAUCCUCUGGAGAAGGGUCACCUGUUCUACCCCUACCCCAUCUGCACAGAGACCGCAGACAGAGAGCUGUUACCCACAGUGUUUCAUGAGGUGUCGGUGUAUCCCAAGAAGGAGCUGCCCUUCUUCAUCCUCUUCACCGCCGGCCUCUGCUCCUUCACCGCCAUGCUGGCUCUGCUCACACACCAGUUCCCUGAGCUGAUGGGGGUGUUUGCUAAAGCUUUCCUCAGCACGCUCUUCGCUCCUCUGAACUUUAUCAUGGAGAAAGUGGAGAGCAUCCUGCCGUCCAGCCUGUGGCACCAACUCACUCGCAUCUGACCCCAAACGAGCGGAUCGGACUCUGAUCCUGGACCAGCACCAAAAGCAGAGCUCCAUGUGGACACAGUCAGAACUGAACUGGACUGUUGCACCUUUGUGCCAAGAACACGGAGAUCAGCUGACGGGAGGAGACGCUCACACACAGAACUGCUUUAGACUUUAUUUGAUAUGUUUGCAUUUUGGGGUUUUCAAUCUGUUCAAGCUGUUCUUUUGUUGUACAAAACAAGUGAUCAAUUGCCAUAAAUAAAAACCAGAAAAAAGAAAAAAAAACACUAAAGCAAAAACAAUAAAGAACUUUUUUUGUGAA